AUGGCUCGCAAACGGCGGGAGGAGGAGUCGAAAGAGAACGAACGCCUGGACGAGUUAGCCCGUAAACUUCGAGAGGAGAAAAUUCACGUGGAAGCCAGGCGAAAGGAACGGAAAAUCGAAGAAGAAAUCGCACGACUCCGCAUGAACGAGGAAUUAUCAAGGAGUCGGAAAACUCGUUCUCAAAAGGUUCCUGAAACCGGGCCGGCCGUCGUGACUGCGGAUAGCUGGAUCGACCGUUUGGAGCAGAGAUCCUCGACUUUGCCUGCUUCCGCACCAGGGCCUUGGAUGUUCGGAGGUUCUGCUCCGUUCACGUGCAAGACUCCAUUCGAUGGCGACCCAAGAGAUUGGCUUCUUUUCGCCUCGCGGUUUCAGGCGCUCGUACACGACGUCAUCCCGAACGACGCCCAGCGCUUAGCAAUCCUGACAGACUGGGUAGGACCCAAUGUUUUUCGUCGCAUCGCCCCGCUACGGAAGGCUCCCCGUGGGUACGCCGCGGUUCUCACCUACCUCAAGAAACACUAUGGUUCGAGUGAGCAAAUAGCGCGUUGUCAAAUCCACGAUCUUCUUAGUCUUCCCGGCGUCAAACCGGUUUUGGAGCAAGGAGGUUUGGAACACGAUCUGAUAAGUGCUGCCAACCUAGACCAAGCGGUUCAGAAGUUGCCGCCAUUUGUCCGUCAUCGCUGGGCCCGGUACGUGCGCAAGCAAUCACCGAAGGUUGUCGAUCUUUGCGACCUCGAUCAUUUUCUGGAAGAGGUUGUUGAAGAGGAGCGGUUGGCUCGUUCGUCCGCGGAGUUGGCACCCCGAAUCGAACCCCGUGAAAAGCGUGUAACGUUUUACAAGCCUGCCAUCGAAAAACCUAAUUCGGUGAAACCUGCAAUUCGGAAACCGUCACCCGUUCGUCCACCUCCAACCGUCUCAGCCACCCAAACAGCGAAAGAAGUUGAUGGCGAGUGUCCAGGUUGCGGGGAAGCCCACCGGCUGAUUGCCUCUGCCGAAUUUCGACGGAAGACGCCGAGCGAACGAGCUUUGGUAGCGAAGGAGAAAGGCGUCUGCUUUAACUGUCUUGGAGGAAAACAUCGUAGUGUCGACUGUCGUUCGAAACCGGCCUGCGAAUCGUCCGGCUGCCGUGCUCGUCAUCAUUCGCUGUUGCGUGGUGCGAAAAGAGUUUUUCACGAGAAAAACGGACAACGCCAAAUUCCGCCUUCCAUCGGGGGCCAAGAUUACGCUCAAGGACCUCAAACGCUUGCGAUCGCUCCCCGCCUUUCGUCCGAUGUUCUUUUUGCCGUGGUACCCGUACGACUUCGAGCUGGAUGCCGGACUUUGGACGUUUUUGCUCUUCAUGAUACUGACAGCCAAGCUACCCUUUUGCGUGAAGACGCGGCCCAGGCACUCGGCCUGAAAGGACGGCCCCGCAAAGUUCGUUUCGGGACCUUCCAUGGGAAAGAUCCGGUAGUCGACACUCGUCUAGUCGAUUUCGCUGUUUCGUCGCUGGGGGGUAACCGUUUCAUUUCCGUUUCAUUUCCGCAACUUUUUUGA